CUGUUACGUUGGUUAUAAAUUUUGAGUUUCAGCGAUGACAAAUUUAAGGCAAUAGAAUACGCAUACUAUUAGCGCCGGAACCAUAAUUGUGACAGAACUCGGUACUUCGAGUUAAAAUUGUAUAAAUAUUAUCUUUUGUAUACACGUAAAAAUGGCUGAGCAAGAAGAAACACAGAAGAAGAAAAGGACCUUCAGGAAGUUCACCUUUCGUGGAGUGGACUUAGAUCAGCUGUUGGACAUGCCAGCAGAACAGUUGAUGGAGUUGAUGCAUUCACGUGCUAGACGCCGUUUCCGUAGAGGUCUUAAGCGCAAACCAAUGGCACUUGUUAAGAAAUUGAGGAAAGCCAAGAAGGAAGCUCCUCCCAAUGAAAAACCUGAAAUCGUGAAAACUCAUCUGCGGAACAUGAUCAUAGUUCCAGAGAUGGUUGGGAGUAUUGUUGGUGUUUAUAAUGGCAAGACAUUCAAUCAAGUAGAAGUGAAGCCAGAGAUGAUCGGUCACUACUUGGGUGAAUUUAGUGUUACCUACAAGCCUGUAAAGCAUGGUAGACCUGGUAUUGGUGCUACCCACAGCUCAAGAUUCAUUCCUCUGAAAUAAAUAUUUCAGGAAAUAAUAAAAAAUUAUGUAAAUGUACAAA